AUGAGCUCCCCUUCUGCAAACCUGACCUUUGUUCGUCCUGCAACAUUUUCCCUCAGUGGUUUUUCUAAUAUGCCACAUGCAAAAUACUAUUACAUGUUCUUGUCUUUAGUUUAUGUUGUGACUGUUCUGGGGAAUUCAUUUAUCAUGUGUAUCAUUUAUUUAGCUCGCAGACUUCACACAGCCAAAUACAUUGCUGUUUUUCAUUUGGCGCUUUCUGAUAUGUGUGGAAGCACGGCUUUGAUUCCCAAAAUCAUAGAAAUGUUUUUAUUUGACCACCAGGACAUUUCAUAUGAAGCAUGCUUAACAAACAUGUUUUUUGUGUAUCAUUUCAUGAAUCUGCAGUCUUUGACACUGCUUGCUUUGGCUUAUGACAGACUGGUUGCUAUUUGUUUUCCUCUACAGUAUCAUGCCAUUGUUACCAAAUCAGCAAUGUUUCUGAUCAUAGGAGUGAUGUGGAUUGUGUCUGUGGCAUUUUUUUCCGUACUUGCAGGUUUGGUGAAUACAAUCUCUUUUUGUCGAUCUAAUGUACUGAAUAGUUAUUUUUGUGACUAUGCCCCAAUCUGUGGACUAGCUUGUAAUGAUAUUACUAUAAACAUUUUGAUGGGUAAAACUUCCUAUGGCCUCCUGAUUUGCACUCCACUCAUACUGAUCUUCAUCUCAUAUUUCUGUAUUUCCGUGGCUCUGCUCAGGAUUGCUCAUGGUGCUGAAAGAAUCAAAGCCAUUAAAACCUGCACCUCACAUUUCAUGUUGGUGGCAAUGUAUUAUCUACCAGUUUUAACCAAUAUAAUUGCAUCUGCAACAACCCCUUUGCAUCCAAAUGUUCAGAUCAUUAACAAUUCCCUCACACAGGCAAUACCACCUAUGCUGAAUCCCAUCAUAUACACUCUGAAGACAGAGGAGGUCAUGCAAUCCAUAAAAGAUUUGUACCGACGGAGCAAGGUGAACAUAACCAGACAAAGACAAAUGAAAUUUGCCAGUAUGGUAAAUUAA